AUGGCUGAAAAGUAUGUCAAAGAAGAUGCUCCUCUCACCGAUGUACAUAAACGAACAUUACAAAGAUGUCAUCCUGAUAUAGUUCCAAAUCUGGAAGUCCGAGAUAUAAUAGAUGUUUGCCAUCGGGAUUCUAUUUUAACAAGUACAAUGAUUGAAGAAGUCAUGUCAGAGAAAACAUCUUCUGAGAGAUGCAGAGCGCUUUUACGAAAACUGGAAAGCCGUCCUAUAAAAGCAUUCAAUUCAUUUGUUGAUGCAUUGUAUGAGCAUCAUGAUUUCUUGGCGACGGAGAUCCAAAAGCGACUUUGUGAAGAAACUCUUGAUCAAGCAAAGGCUAUUCUUGGACUGGCGAAUGACAUUGCUCCCACUGGCAUAAAAACGAUAGAAGGUGAUGAACUUGAAAUCACCAAAUCAAAGUUGAAGACGAUAAGAGAUAUGGCACAUCAAUUGAUGGUCAAGUGUAAUCUCGAUGAAACAACAACUCUGUCACACAACAUGUCUGAAACAAGUGUAGACCAAGUUGACGCUCCCAUAAAGUCAACAGUCGCUCCACCAUCGCCCAGGUCUAUGGGGGCAACUCUGUCAGUUGUUCCUCAACAAGAGCUACCCGUCUCGUCCUAUCAGAGAGAGACAUUCGCAUUACCUAGAAGGAGAGUCCUAGAAGUGCCCCAAACCCUCCAAAAUACACCUAUAAAUGAAACCAUUUUUAAAUACGUAAUGUCAAUAGCAGUCGUUUCAACUGGUGAUUAUGUUAUAAGUGGGUGGGUCAACCCUAUCAGCAGAAAAGCCCUGCUAUGUGAUGAUCAAGUGAAUGUAAAGAAGAAGUUGGUGGAACGAUAUGCUAAGGAUGUGGCAACUAGCACAGAUGUAGUGGCUGUAUCAUGUAAAGCUCCUGAUAUAGCUGGUUCAGUGAAGUUGUUUGACAUUAGAGGAGAACAUCUAAGAGACAUAACAUCCCCUACUAUCCCAGACCCAGGGGCAAUGGCAUUCAACCAACAACAAGAGCUUAUCCUAGCAGAUCAUUGGAAGAAAACGAUAUCCUUCAUCGACAUCAAUACAGGAAAGGUGGUACAUACAACUCCCAGUGGCCAUGAAACGUAUAAAACAGGUAGUAUUGGAGUUAGCAACCAGAAUAAUAUCAUAAUCACAGACUUUGGCGAUAACUCUGUAAAGAUCAUCAAUAGGCAGGGGGAUCAACUAUCAUGCUAUAAAGGUAUAGGCUGUUUCAACAAGAUUCCUAGCAGUGUGUGUAUAGACAGUGUAGGACAUAUCAUUACAGCCUACCAAACAUAUCAUGACAUCCAUCUCCUAUCUCCAGAGGACAACUUCAAGAAGAUCCUGAUGAGUGAAAGCGAUGGGUUAAAGAAGCCAAGUGCAAUAACUCUGAACAGACAGGGGGACCUUGUAAUAUGCACGUGUGGUCCAGUAAAACUCUUUGUACUGAAAUAUAUGGACUAAGUCUGACAGCCAUAUAUGAUUUAACUAUACAAGAAACUGUUACUCUGUCAUGGAACACUCUCGAGCAUACUUACAUGGCAUAUAGCUCUGGACAGACAGGGAGACCUUGUAGUAGGCACAGGUUUACCAGCAAAAGUGUAUGUAGUGAAGUAUAUGGACUGAGUCUUUGUUGCUAACUUUGCUUUUUAUUGCUUUUUUACAUAGAACGUUUGCAUAUUUUGACGGCUUUGUAUAAAAAAAAAUCCUACCUCAUACCCACCUUCCCACCAACCUGGAACAUGAUACUGUCAUUUAAGGGUUCAAUUUUAAAGAUUAUGAAAUCACAAAAUAGUUCAAAUUAUUAACAUUUCAAUCUACAAUUCCGGCUUUAUUUUAUAACUAGACAGAUGACAGAUCCAUAAAUAAAGGCAUAUGGAUGCAUUUUAAUGACCCGAGGGCGCCCCAGGGGAAUAAAUAACUGAGGAGCAUAGGCCCAACAAGCCAGAUGAAGAAAUUGAAAGAAAGUGUGCUAAAUUCGAUGCCCCGAGUGGGAAUCGAACCCAGCUGGGAUGUAAUAGCAACUAGCUACAGGGUGGUAAAAAAUGGAAACCCUGCAUUUUCCUUAUAUCUUUGUCACUUUUAAAAAUUACUCCUUGAUAUUUCAAACAUUUGUAGGGUCGUUACAAAUGCAUCUAUAAUUCAUCAUAAACUAAUUUUUUAAUAAACUAAGAUCUUUAAAACUGAACCCAUCAAAGACUGUAUCAUGUCCCACGUACGUUGGUAGGUGGGUAUGAGGUAGGAGGUUUUUUAUAGAUUGGCUCUUUAUCAUUACCAGAAACUCGUACAGUUUCAUGCAAUCGAACUACCCUGUCUCGUGUAAAGUUUGAGCAUCCAACUCCUC